AUGAUGCUUAAAGGCCACACCUAUAAGACGUUCAACUUUACACCAGGUACGCUGGAAUGCAGAGAGGCUUGCCUCGCUGAUGACAGAUGUAAAAGCUAUAACGUGGUCAUGUUCAUUGCAAUGUGUGAAUUAAACAACCGGACUAAAGAGGCCAGACCAGAGGACUUUGUCAAGAACGAGGACAGAUAUUACAUGGCAAAAGGUCCAAAAGGAGGUAAUUGAACUUGUAAAUAAAAACAGCAGUGUGUGCUAACGUUCAUGGAUUUUGAGUAACUAGCUUCUGAUGUUGCUAAGUUUCAUUGCCAUAAAGUGUAAUAUUUCAAUUUCAGUUCCCCCGGGAUCAAUUAGCUACCAUUAGCUCCAUAAGUUUCAGUUUUUGAGAAAUCGGCAUAGCGAUGUCUUAAAUUUGUGAAGUUAGGGAAGUAGUAGAUGUAUCACUCACCGACUGGAAAUUGACCGUUGUGUUUGGUGGGUAAAUGCACUUUUUCUUCAAAAACUAGGAGUUUUUGACGCUUGGUAUUUUUCAGAAAUUAACCAAGUCACGGCAUUUUUUUUUUUGUAACUCGAAUGUUAGGUCGAAGAGCUACCUGGCAAUUGUUUUUUCGAGAGGGAAGUAUACUUUUGACGAAAAAUACAACAGUGUCGUAUGAUCUGAUUUUGGCAUCAAUCAUCUCUCAAAGGAUCACCCAUGAUUUCCUUGUGAUCACAAAGAUCAUCAUCAAUUUGGAAGAUUGGUUUUCGACCGUUUUUCUAUCCCCCAAACUCAACCUUGAUUUUGAAAAAAUGCCGAAAUAAACCAACUACAAAUAAUUUCGUCAGAACUGAAAUUUCCACGAUUUUUAUGUCAACUCUUUUCCAUGAUAAAAGAUGUGUCCACAGACAUACAAUUGGCCACAGAUAAUUCGAAUGGCAAGUUUUUGAGACAUCGAUACAUCGGUAUCUUACAUUUGUGAAUUUAUGAAAUGGGUGGACGUUCAAAUCAGCAAGAGGUGACUAUUGUGCUUGCUUGGUAAAUGAAUCAAAAGGAGGCCAAAAAUGAAAGGGAAAACGCCCUUUUGCCUCACAGCGUGAAGUUUGUAAACCAUGUUUUUCAACCAUUGCAGUUUGAUCCGGGCUCAAAGUCCACACUAUUCAAAUUAUAUUGUUCUACAUUGGGAAGCAAAGAAAUAAAUGCAGGUGUAUAUAAGCCUUACUGUUUGAUUCAUUUUACUUUUAUCUAGAACGUGGGCCUGUUGGUGUGACAGACAGAAAUGCAAUCUCAGAUGCCAGAAUGACAGCAAGCACUGUCUUUGAUACAAGAUUUUAUCCGUACUAUGGCCGACUUCAUGAAAACAGAGGAUAUGGAGGAUGGUGUCCCAGGACUGUAUCUGACAGAACAGACUAUCUUCAAGUCGAUAUGGGUACAAUGCUGUCUGUUUGUGCUGUGGCCACCCAAGGCGAAAGGAUAAACAAUGAAUGGACUACCAGCUACAAACUGCAACUAUCCACAGACGGUGUAACCUGGAACGUUUUCGAGGAAAUCAACACCGCAAAGGUUUGAUCGGCAACUAUUAGUAAUGAUUAUAGGACCACAAAGAGUCCAACUCAGUGGGUUACAAAAGCGACUUUCAAAAUUCCACCGCUGCAAGCAGGAGUGUGAUUUGUUGCUAUUCACAAGUAUGAUUACUGACCGAACGGUGGGACAAAAAGUCUUGUGACUAAUCUGCCAGAACCAUUGUCAAGUUGAAGAAACAAAAUAGCCAUCAGAGAAUGCAUUCAUAAAUAACAGUUUACUUUCAUUUUAAAAAAAAGAUGCACCCAAUAGUCUGCUAAUAACUAUCACGAUUUGGAGAUCUUUGCCAAUAAGUUGAAUGAAGCCAAAUAGACUGCAAUUGCCAAUAGUAUGCUCUCUCUUAGUGAUAAACUGAGUGACAUUAAAAGAAUGAAUUAGCGAAGUGGUUUCAUUCCAGAGUUUUUAGUAGCUCUCAAGCUUGUAUGUCUCUCACUACUGAGAUUUUUGAAUUAUCUUAAGAUUUUUUUUCCUUUUUUUGCGACAAGAUUUAAGAGAAAGGUUACAGUUCUAUCAUAGAUUAUUCAUUAAGAGGUCCCCGUCUAAAACUACCUUAAUACUUUAAAUGCAGCAUAAGCUUGCUGGCCAAAAUUGAUGUAAGUUAGAUCGUCUUCCACACUUCAACCUUUCCAUAAAACAUUUCUCUUUAAAUGUGUUGCCGAAUUAUAAUAUUUUCUCGCUAUGAUGUUUGCAUUUUUUUCUCUUCCAGGUUUUCCCAGGAAACUCAGACCGACACAGCGUUGUAAAGCAUUUCCUCGCUACUGACGUCAUGGCCAGAUACGUUCGGUUUUAUCCCGUCACCUACCACACUUUUCCUUGUUUGAGAGUUGAAAUAUUUGUGCGAAAAUGA